AGGGAGCCAACGUCCAUGCCAGGCAGGGGGAUCCGUGCAGCCGUGGUAAGGUGAUUUAUUUGGCAUAAAAACCUUCUUUGAAGGAUGGCAGAAGUGGUUUUGAUUGAUCUCUUUGGUUUGAAGUUGAACUCUGAAAAGAACUGCCAUCAGGCAUUACUGAAGACAUUGAAUGCUGUCCAAUACCAACAUGCUGCCAAGGCCAAGUUCCUUUGUAUAAUGUGCUGCAGUAACAUCAGCUGUGAAAGGGAUGGUGAACAUGAUAAUUAUGAAUUAGAAACAAGCAAUGGAUUAUCAGCUGUCUUGGGAGAAUUUGAGACUGUUAGCAAACCCAGCAUGGCUGCCUCUUUGUAUACCAUUAAACAAAAAAUAGAUGAAAAAAAUCUGAGCAGCAUUAAGGUAAUUGUACCUGGGCACAGGAAGACAUUAAUGAAAGCUUUUAUUGAUCAACUCUUCACUGAUGUUUAUGAUUUUGAAUUUGAAGAUUUACAAGUGAAUUUGAGGGGAGACCUUUUGAAACAAUCCACUGAAAUAAGCGUAAUCACAGCUCAAGAACUGAAAGAAAUCCAGAAUGAAAUAGAAACGUAUUUGAGAAGUCUGCCAGCACUGAAAGGAGAAUUAACUAUUAUCACUUCUCCUUUGAUCCCAGAUAUUUUCAUACAUGGAUUUACUACAAGAACAGGUGGGAUAUCUUAUAUACCAACUCUUAGCUCAUUCAAUCUCUUCAGUAGUUCCAAACGGAGAGAUCCCAAGGCAGUUGUUCAAGAAAAUCUGCGCAGGUUGGCAAACGCUGCAGGAUUUAAUAUGGAGAAAUUUUACCGAAUAAAGACUGAUCACGCCAAUGACGUCUGGAUUAUGGGAAGGAAGGAGCCUGAAUCUUAUGAUGGAAUAACCACAAAUCAGAGAGGAGUCACAAUAGCAGCUCUUGGUGCUGACUGUAUACCGAUAGUUUUUGCAGAUCCUGUCAAAAAAGCAUGUGGGGUUGCUCACUCUGGUUGGAAAGGUACUUUGUUAGGUGUUGCUAUGGCUACAGUGAAUGCUAUGAUUGCAGAAUAUGGCUGCAGUUUGGAGGACAUUGUUGUUGUACUUGGACCAUCAGUAGGACCUUGCUGUUUUACUCUUCCAAAGGAAUCAGCAAAGGUAUUUCAUAAUCUUCAUCCUGCAUGUGUACGACUGUUUGACUCACCAGAUCCCUAUGUCGACAUCCGUAAAGCCACCAGGUAUGUUUGA